CAAAUGAUCAACUGCUGCAAUAGAUGUCAUACAUGUAUCUGAUCUGUUCCACUGUACCAGCGCCGACAUUAAUAGCUUCAUUGCCUUUGAUUGUUCAUUUUCUUUCUUGAGAGCUAGUCUAUUCCUCUAGCAUGAUGAUGCUACGACAGAUCCUUCAAGUAACCACAACGGCAGCUUCAUUUCUGCUGCUUUCGUCUUUAUCUUCGGUGCCCGUGUCUUUGGCCGAAGAAGAUUUGGAAUGCGGCAUGUACAUGGCCAUCAGCUCGACUUCGACCGUGGACGAGACUCGAUGGGGCAUCUAUGCUGGCAAAGAUAUCCCGAAUGGGGCUCCACUUGGUGGCCCGGAUGUUGCUAUUAACAUCUUCAAUCUUCAAGGAAAUACGCAAAUGGCAGACGAAAACGAAGAAGCAGAUUCUCUUCUCGCCAGCACUGUGGACUUCUUUGAACAAUUCAUUUGGGUUCCUAUUCCGAGUGGAUCGCAGUUUGAUUUGGAAGAUGGUCGAACGGUGACAGCUAUCCCUGGAGCUGGAGUGCUAGGCGGCUUCAACCCAAAACUGACAAAUGCUGAUUGGAAUCAUUCGGCGGCCUAUUUCCGACCGUCCCUGGGAGAGCAGCCUGGUGUCAAUCAUCCUGGACGAGGAGCCUAUUCAAACUUUUAUCACGUCGAACUGAGAAGCAAAGACGAAAUCCCGGCCGGGAGAGAAAUCUUUCUAGAGUAUGGUGAUAACUGGGAAGAGGAAGCCAAGGAAGAAGACCUGACCACCGAGGAUUACAGAAAGCUAGAUGCAACCGUGGAGAAAAUGGCAAACUUCUUUGAUAAGUACAACGACGAACUCGAUGAAAAGGCCAAGACGGACAUUUACGAUUUUCUCAUUCGGGACGUCAUGGGUGCUGCGGCAGGAGCAGGCAAAGGAAGAAAGAUUGUUGAUCUGCUCCCAGCCUAUCCAGAAUCACUGCCCAAGGUGAAGGAAAGUGGAGGUUCUCUGGCUUACAGUCAACCCAAGUCUAUUAGAAGCACGGCAUGGUUGCAAAAUCACGGCCGUUGCAUUGACAACAUUGGACCAGGCGCUUCUACAAUCCCUCAUGCUGGCCGUGGUGCCUUUGCCAGGCGCAAGAUUAAGGAGGGUGGGCUUGUCGCACCUGUUCCACUUGUCCAUUUGCCUGCUGGUAGUAUGAUGGAUAUGCAUGAAAUCGGAUCAUCGGAUGACGGUGGCGAAGAGGGUCCCGUCUACUACAAACUCUCAGAUGAAGUACAAGGAAAGCAGCUUCUAUUAAACUACCUGUACGGACACCCAGAGUCAAGCAUGCUCUUCUUCCCCUCUGGGUCAGUAUCCUGUCUUAUCAACCACAGCAAAGAACCAAAUGCGAAACUGGUUUGGUCCACCCAUCCCGGUCAUCAGAGGCAUUGGUACGACAUGUCACCCGAAGAGCUCCUUACUAUGGAAACGAUGUACAUUGGACUUCUCAUUGAGGUUGUAGCUCUUCGAGAUAUUGAAGAAGGGGAGGAAAUCUUCAUUGAUUACGGUGACGAGUGGGCAGCAGCCUGGGAAGCUCAUGUGAAGGAAUUUGAAACGAAAGUAGCCUCUGGAGACUUGCCGAAGGAUUGGCCAAUUCGUGCUCUUGACCUGAAUGAUGAAUUUUCAAAGAAAGCAUUCAAGAAUCCUGAUGAAUUGGCAAUGGAACCAUAUCCCAACAACGUCAUGCUGAAAUGCUUCGUUCAGGUGACCCCUGAGGUUAUCCCCGAAAAGAUCGAUGGAAAGCCAGUCCGCGAAUGGGUAAUGCCAAAGGAUGGCGUGUUUGAUAGCGAUUCGUUGGAGGAUUGCACAGUGACAGACUACCGAGAAGUCGAUAACGGCGUGAUGAGCGCGAUUCCUUACAACUACACCGUUUCUCUGGGAAGGGACGGUGGGGCAACAAGGAUCAAGGACGUGCCACAUCGAGCAUUCGUCUUUGUAGACAAGCCAGGGACCGGCGAUCAAUUUGCCCAGAAUCCAUUCCGUCAUUACAUCUCAAUUCCAGAUGAUGUUUUCCCUCAGGGUCCAUGGCGAGACUUGAAACAGUCGUGAGCGGAAUUUUUUCCGAAGAAAUUACUCAAUUCACUUCCAGCCAUCGCCCGCCAUCCGGCCAUCGAAGCGUGAGGGUAAAGUGGUGCGCUUCCCGCUUUAGUUGUUGCCUUUAGGGCUGGAUCAUAGUAGUUCUGAUUUUUAGAGAACGACAUUGGAGCUGAAACUGGGAGACUUGGCCCCAAUGUACAUUACAGUAGUGAAGUAGGAAUGUUGUGUUUGUGGACCAUGAAGGCGCAUGACUUCUACAAUUUUGUACCACUGGUGGCCGCGCUGCUGUGCCAUUCUCCCUGCGGCACCGGUACGGGUGCUACGGUGCUGCCAUGGUCCUGGAAGUCGACUCCAUCGGUUGGCAAUAGUUUGGAGGCUAGUUAUAGUACUAGCUAGCUAGUCUAGUAACUAGCUAGAUACAUAUCCUCUUGUGACUUUGCUAAGCCAAGGGGUGUCAGUGUGUAGCAAGCUUGGAUCUUGGAUCUUGUGGCUGACACAGUAAAAUUGACCGUUAGGCUUACGAGUGACUCAGUCAUGUCUGAGUCACUCGAAAACGGUCAUUGGUUUGUUGACAACAAUGUGCUACCGGAAGCUACUAUGUCAUAGACCAUGUA